AUGCAGCACGACGAAGUAAUCUGGAGCGUCAUCUCCAACCAGUUCUGCUCCUUCAAGAGCAAACUGCCGGGCACAGGCAACAUGUUUUGCAGUAACCCGUACAAUGUGACGGGUCUGUGCAACCGGUCGGCAUGCCCACUGGCUAACAGUCGCUACGCCACCAUCCGCGAGGAGGACGGUGUGUGCUACUUGUACAUGAAAACCAUCGAGCGCGCGCACACGCCCAACCGUUUAUGGGAACGAGUGAAGCUAAGCAAAAACUACACCAAGUCCCUUGCGCAGAUCGAUGAGCAGCUGCAGUUCUGGCCCAAGAAGCUCAUCCACAAGAACAAACAGAGACUGACCAAGAUCCACCAAUAUCUCAUGCGAAUGCGUAAGCUCACGCUCAAGACAAAACCCAAACUCGUGGUUAUUAACAAGAAAAUCGAGCGUCGUGAGAAGCGCCGCGAGAAGAAGGCCAUGGUGGCCGCUAAGCUGGACAAUUCCAUAGAGAAGGAGCUUCUCGAGCGUCUGCAGAAGGGAACCUAUGGCGAUAUUUAUAAUUUCCCUGAGCGCGAAUUCUCCAAGGUUCUGGCCGACAAGGGCAAGCGCCAAACGAUGGAGGAGGAGAGCGAAGACGAAGAAGAAGACGCGUCCAAGUCUAAGAAGCGCAAGGCACCUGCACCAUCGAAGAACAGCAACAGGAAGCAGAAGAAAUCCAAGGGGCCGUACGUCGAGAUCGAGUACGAACAGGAACAGGAGACGGCCAAUGGUGAUCUCAACUGGUAG